AUGGAUCCUCCCGCCUCUACCCCAGAUGUCCAGAAGGUCCUCCAUGAGAUACGACGGGACCAGACGCAGCUCCUGGCUGCAGUGGAGUCAAUUUCGGAAAAGCUUGGUACAGGAUUCUCGGCCUCUGCUCCAACAACAUCCAUGCCAAUUAGCUCCAUGACCUCGGAUCACCAUGUCAAACAAAGCACGGCAGCCGUGGGUCUUGAAGUCGAGGACACAACUGAAUCUCAUGCAAUCACGACCUCGCCCGUUUCGUCGGCUACCAAGCCUGAACUCGCAACUCGUAUCGUUCUCACUUGGAACAUGAGCAGAACGUACCCGAACCAGACUGGAAUCAACCCUCUCCCCAUGGACUGGGGAAAUAUUGACCCUAAGAAGCGAGGGCCUGUCAUUGUUUCAAGGUCGCCAUCAACUAUUCACCGUCGUAACGGUCUCGGCGGCUCCUACUCCAUUUAUUAUGCACUGGCUGUGGCCAGCAAAGAACUGGAUAUCGAUCAUCGGCCCGACUUCAAAAACGCGGAGCCGACUGUUAAUAUCGGGCCGUUCCCCCAGUGGGGUGACCCUCGCAAGAUCGUAGCCAUGGAUCCUUUCGGCCAUGUAGCGCCGUGGAUUUACGCGCAUAUCAUGGAGGAGCAACAAAUUGACCUCCGACCGACAAUUGCUAUCACAAAAGCCAGAAUGAAGUUAGCAGAGCUGGAGGACAGUGUAAAAAGUGGACGACUGAGAGUUGACGGGAAGGUGAUCCUCACUGAAUCCGGCGAGCUUGCAGUAACAAAGUUUGCCGUUGAGCCAGUUUGGUACCUCCCCGGAGUCGCCGAGAGGUUCGGCAUCGACGAGGCUACCCUUCGUCGGUCUCUUUUUGAAUACACCGGUGGUAGCUACCCAGAGUUGAUCACACGAGGCGAUAUCAAGAUCUUCCUGCCCCCAAUUGAAGGUGGUUUGACGGUAUACUGCUUUGGAGACCCGGCGAAAAUGUCCGACCCCGAUUCGCGGCUGUCGUUAAGAAUACACGACGAGUGCAACGGGAGCGAUGUGUUUGGUUCGGACAUCUGCACCUGCCGCCCUUAUCUGCUUUUCGGCAUCGAAGAAGCGGUCAAGGAGGCCCAAAAGGGCGGAAGUGGAGUGGUUAUAUAUUUCCGAAAAGAAGGCAGGGCGUUGGGAGAAGUAACCAAGGCAGUCGUAUACAAUGCCCGAAAACGUGGGGAGGACCGAGCCUCGGAAUAUUUCGCCCGUACCGAGAAUAUUGCUGGAGUGAAGGACAUGCGCUUCCAAGCUCUUAUGCCUGAUAUUCUUCAUUGGCUUGGCAUCAAGAAGAUUGACAGGAUGAUUAGCAUGAGCAACAUGAAGCAUGAUGCGAUUGUCAAGCAAGGCAUCCCGAUUCAUGAGAGGGUUGAGCUGCCGGAUGAAAUGAUACCGGCCGACUCGAGGGUUGAGAUUGAUGCCAAGAUCACAGCUGGGUAUUUCACUACCGGUAAACGGCUCACCGAAACAGAGCUAGAGUCGGUACAAGGACGAAUUUGGGAAGACGUCGACCAUUAG